AUGUUCUCCUCCUUCAUUCUGACGACUCUUCUCGCUGCAGGUAGCGCCCACGCUGCCGUCGCGCAAGGACAGUGGGGUGUUCGCGCCGACUUUUCGCGCUGCGACAGCACAACCCCACUAGAGGCCAUCCUUGAAGGUGCAAAGAGCCAGUCCUCACCAGCAACCGGGAUUACCGAUUUCAGUAUCCCAUCACCCUUUGACGGCAGACUGGUUAUAAAGGUUGCCGGCGCAGUGGGCUUGGGCUCCCCCUAUCCACCGCAGCAGGUUGAUGUCGACGUGUUUGCCCAGGCAACGGCCGGAGACCCCGGCGUCUGGGCCAACGCUACAGUGAAACCUGGGACUGGUCAACCUGCUUCAGUUGCGCAGAUUUCUUGGAACACGCGACCCGACGUAACAGUUGAGCCUGCCGAGAAUGAAGCGGUUUCAGUGGAGACAAUCUUCAACGGAGGCAGUUUGAUUGUUUACUAUUGCGGCGUUCCCGAUACUAUCGGUCCCAUCGCAUAG